AUGGAGGACGACUAUUAUAUGAGCUGCGAGGACGAAAGCUAUUACGACGAGGAGGAGGAGGAGGAGGAUAAUGAUGGGGAGAAUAUGGAGACGGAUAUUAUGGCCAUCGGUGAGAGUGAGACUAAGUGUGUGGUUUCCUCGACCAAGGUGAUUUCAAGAGAAUCUCUCUUGGCUGCACAGAGAGGAGAUGUGCAGAAGGUAAUGGAUGUUCUGUCACUGAAAGAGUAUCAUGCCCGAACCUUGCUCAUCCAUUAUCGGUGGGACGUCGACAAGGUGCUUGCUGUGUAUGUAGAGAGGGGGAAAGAGUUCCUAUACGAAAAGGCAGGUGUGACUAUGGCGGAGCAUGGCACAUCACAGCUCUCAUCUUCGGUUAUGUGUGAUAUUUGCAUGGACGAAAUUCCGGCUAAUAAGGUCACAGUCAUGGACUGCAACCACUGUUUUUGUAACGAAUGUUGGACAGAGCAUUUUAUUGUGAAAAUAAACGAGGGUCAAAGCAGGCGCAUCAAAUGCAUGGCAUACAAGUGCAAUGCUGUUUGUGACGAAGGAAUAAUCAGAAAUCUGGUAACGGCAAGGGAUCCUAAUCUGGCAGAGAAGUUUGAUCGUUUUCUUCUGGAAUCAUAUAUUGAAGAUAAUAAAAAGGUGAAGUGGUGCCCUAGUGUUCCUCAUUGCGGAAAUGCUAUACGUAUCGAAGACGAUGAACUAAUCGAGGUUGAAUGUGCAUGUGGAAACCAAUUCUGUUUUCGUUGUUUAUGCGAAGCACACUCUCCUUGUACAUGCCAAAUUUGGGAGCAGUGGUUGAAGUCGUUAGUAGAUGAAUCACAAUCUGUAAAGUACAUUGCAGUCCAUACAAAGCCUUGCCCAAAAUGUGGCAAGGUGGUCGAAAAGAAUGGAGGAUGCAAUCUAGUUGCCUGUAUCUGUGGACAACCAUUCUGUUGGCUCUGUGGUGCGGCAACUGGUUUUACUCAUACAUAUCAAUCCAUUGAAGGUCAUGAGUGUGGACGAUUCAAAGAAGAGGAGGUGGCGAACCUUGAGCAAACCAAGAAGGACCUAAUUCGUUAUGAUCACUACUUCAACCGUUAUCAAGCUCAUAAAGUAUCUCUUAAGGUUGAAGCUACCCUGAAGCAAACCGUACAAACAAAGAUAUAUGAUUUGCAAGAAAACUUGUCGUCAGCUGAAGAUUAUAACUGGAUAAUCAAAGCGCUCGACAGACUCUUUAUGUCAAGGCGAAUUGUCAUGUGUUCCUACCCAUUUGCAUAUCGCAUGUUCGGUGACCUUCUCAAAGAAGAGAUGACAAAAAAACAAAGGAUGAUAAAACAGAACUUGUUUGAGGACCAGCAGCAGCAUCUUGAGGCAAGCAUGGAGAAGCUUUCGAUGUUUACACAGGAACCUUUUGAAGAAUAUUCAGAGAAGAAACUUUCCGAGUUGAAACGGAGGAUGAUGGAUCUUUCAACACUUGUUGAUAACCUCUGCCUAAAAUUGUUCGAAUGCAUUGAGUAUGAUUUGCUGGGCAAACUUCAAUUUUCAGGUCAUCUUCACAGAGUUGUGUCUUACAACCCGAAUGGAGUGGAGAAAGCAUCAGAAAUUAACAGUUUGUCGGGAUUAUGA